GUGCCGCAAAACAACCUCGUGACUCCCAGCUUCUGUAGCUACUACGAUUCUAGUGCUCGUGGAGCGAGAGCGACCUGAAGCCAUGGCCACAGUGGACACCACGACGGAGUCAGGCAAGGCAGCGCCGGAGUCGGGCGGCUACCCCGCAGCGCGGGCGCCUUCCCCUCCGGCCAACUUCUCCUGCGCCGACCUGGUCCUGAGGGCGUUCCUGUUCGCGGCGACGCUCUCGGCGCUCGUCGUGCUAGUCACCGCCAAGCAGACCGUGCUCGUGCCAGUCGCGCUGGCGCCGCGGCUCGUCGUCAUGCCCAUCACCUCCAAGUUCAAGGACUCGCCGGCGCUCAUAUAUCUGCUUGUGGCGCUGUGCGUGACGUGCUUCUACAGCUUGCUGACGGCCGUCAGCUCGCUUAGGUUCAUCUCGGGCUCGGCUUCCACCGCCAAGACCCUCUUCCUCGUCCUUCUGCUCGAUGUGUUUUACGCAGCGAUCAUGGCUUCGGCGACCGGUUCGGCGGGCGGCGUGGCGUGGAUUGGCCUCAAUGGCAACUCGCACACCAGGUGGAUAAAGAUCUGCAACGUCUACGGCAAGUUCUGUCGCCACAUCGGCAGCUCCACGUUCCUAUCCUUAAUCGCCUCUAUCGUCCUCGUCCUGCUCGCCGUCCUCGACGCCUACUCCCUUUACCGCCGCAGUCGCUGAUCAGGUCAGGUGGUUACGGUGGCGAGCCGGGGACUGCUCAGAAAUGGUUCCGUAUAUCCGUUGGCAUUCAUAUAUGUGAGCGACAUCUAGUGCGUGUAACGUGUGGGGAGACUGAUCUCGUACGUCGAUCAUGUUGUUUGUCUUGGUGUUUCGCCGGCUGUAGCUAUUAUUAUUGAGAACCUUUACAGUACACCAUGAUACUAGAUGAUGGAGAGUAUCAUUGUUGUGAUCCAACCGUCCAUUUUAAUAGGUAUUAUUGUAAUUAUCUUGAUACCCUUAGGGGUAAUUACGUCAUUGACUGAACGGACUUCA